CUGCAGGGAAGUCAACAUUUGUCAGGCUACUAGAGCAGCACAGCGAUGAGUGGGAGAUCAUCCCUGAACCCAUCGCCAAGUGGUGCAACAUCCAGACAGCUGAAGAUGAAGACCAGGAACUUUCAACAUCUCAGAAGAGUGGAGGAAACCUACUUCAAAUGCUGUAUGAUAAACCCACAAGAUGGGCUUAUACAUUUCAGACCUAUGCUUGCUUGAGCCGAGUCAGAGCACAAUUAAAACCUGUCUCAGCCAAGCUACAUGAAGCAGAACAUCCAGUGCAGUUUUUUGAGAGAUCCGUGUACAGUGACAGAUAUGUAUUCGCUUCUAACCUGUUCGAGUCUGGAAGCAUUAAUGAAACGGAGUGGGCUAUUUAUCAAGACUGGCACACAUGGCUUUUGAAUCAGUUUGAAUCAGAUAUAGAACUGGAUGGCAUCAUCUACCUAAGAACCACACCUCAGAAAUGCAUGGAAAGGCUACAGAUGAGGGGAAGAGAAGAGGAGCAAGGAAUUGAGCUUGAGUACUUGGAAAACCUCCACUAUAAACAUGAAACCUGGCUUCAUGAAAGGACUAUGAGAGUUGAUUUUGAGAACCUUAAAGACAUUCCUAUUCUAGUUUUGGAUGUUAAUGAAGAUUUUAAGAAUGAUAAGAUUAAACAGGAGUAUCUGAUUGAUAAGGUCAAGUAUUUCCUGACUUCUUAA